GUGGAUGCCCGCGACGCGCGCAGCCGCAAGGUCACCGAUUGCCCUGCGUGGACCCUCUAUGGUGGGAGAGGACGGCGAGCAGAGCUACACAACUUAUCCGCAUAUGAAUUUGUCAGGCACUUCCACAUCAAGCAGGCCAAGUAUCCCUUCACCGUCUUCAAUCAAGACCAAGACCCGGAGAAGUACGAGGCGAUGCUCACGGACGAGGGCCGCGAGAAGGUCCAGAAGAAGAGGGCGACCUUGAUCGCAGGGAAGGACUAUGUGAUCCGGGAAGCAGGCGGAGAGGGCUGGUUUCCCUUGGGCCACGGCAAGCUGGCGAAGCCUUACCGCCACGAUUGGGUCAUCGGUACCCGGCAGCGGCCCAACAUCCCAGUGAUCUAUGGGGCGCAGAGCAGCAAGACCGAGGAGGAGCAGGCCAUGCGGAUCUUGGUGCUCUUCUUUCCAUGGGUCAACGACGUCGCCGACGCCACAAAGGAAGUGCCCUUCAUCAACGACCUAUGUCCUGGCCCUUCAGAAAGAAGCUGGAAAGAUGUCUUGAUCACUCAUGCAUCCCAGGUGGGUUUCGCAACAGAAGAAGUAAAGCGCUAUACCAUGAACUUCAUCUUCACCUACUGCCUGCCACGGCAAGUCCGGCUCGUGGACGGCUUGCAGGAGAAUUCCGACAAUGAAGACUUGGCCGACGGAGUGGUGGACAUGGCCCUGGACGAGGAGGACUUGCUGGAAGCGACGUUGACGCAUGUGCGUGGUAGUGGGCGCGGUGCAGAAGAGGCAGACUGCACACAAAGCGACGCAGAGGAUGAAGCAGAGGGACGCACCAAGCUCUUUGACAUGACCAUGCAAAUGUUCGGGCUCUCUGGCGCGAUCUGGCACGGAGACAGAGUGGGUGAUAUUUCAGAGGCUCAGGAGCGCGUGGCAGCAUUGCGACGAGAUACUGAAAUCGACCAUGACCUGGCUCUACAGUCUGCCAAAGCAUCAGCAACAGCAGGGGAGAAGGGCGAGGCAACUCGAAAGACUGGACUUCUUGGCGCGGCCAUGCCUGAGAUUGAGGUCAACACAAAGCAGUUCGACUUCUUGCAGUUGGUGGCAGACCGGCUCAUGGUUGAAUGCCGCUUAAAGGAUCCACAAGACUCCCUGCGGGAAGAUGGUGCCGAGCCGCUGCGAUACAUGUUACAUGGCCCGCCGGGCACUGGGAAGUCGCACGUGGCGAAGUUCGUGAAGCAGCUCUUUCGCCUGGUCGGCAUGCAGGAAAGCAUCGACUACCAGUUCGUGGCCUUCCAAGCAACCAACGCCGUUGACCUGGAGGGCGUAACCAUGCACUAUGCCUUCUGCCUGAACCCGUUCAACCGCACUGAAUGGAAUGCUAUGAGCCCAGACAAGGCCAAGCGAAUGGCAUACUGGCGCUGGGUCUUUAUCGACGAGAUCAGCCUGGUGCCCGCCGACCUCUUUGCCCGGGCAGAACACCGGCUACAAGAAGUCAAGCCGCAGACGGACGAAUGGAAGCAGGACAGGGAGAACAAGGGAAGUACAAGACCGUUUGCCGGCGUCAACGUGGUGCUCAUUGGUGAUUUCAAGCAGCUUCCUCCGCCACAGGGCGGCUACCUCGCAGAUGCGCCGCAUGCCUUGAAGGUCGGACCGCAUUGCACCAGCAAAGCGCCGGAUCCCCUAGCCGAUGCAGGCAAGAAGCUGAUGUGGGAAGAGGUCGAAGGCAUGAUCGAGUUGGAGGAGAGGCAGCGGUGCAAUGACGAGUGGUGGAACGAGGUCACAGAAGAAAUCCGCGCCGGCAAGCUCUCUGACAAGAACCAUCGCUAUCUGCUUGGUGAACCAGUGGAAGGUUGUCGGCUAUCGGCCGAAGAGCGCGCCUCGCGGCGCCGAGUGAUCACUGGCCCCGAUGACCCGCGCCUGCUCGAAGCGCGCUUCCAAGAAGCGCCCGUCAUUGUCGCGAACAACGAUGCCAAGUACCAGAUCAACAAGGACAGGGCCAAGAAGUUCGCGCGCGACACGGGCGAGAAGCUCAGGUGGGCCAUUGCCAAAGACGUUGCGUCAGCGGAGGCUCUGCAGAGCCAGAUGUGUGACAAGGACCGGAAGAUCAAGUGGUUGCAGUACCAUCCCGGAGACACCGGCAAUUUGAUGGGGACUCUGCCUUUGGUUCGUGGCAUGCGGGUAGCACUCACGGAGCACAUCGACAAAUCACCGGACAAGCUGCUGCUGCGUGGCCAAGUCGGCACGGUGCAUUCCUGGGUCUGGCUGGAGAAUGAGCCCCGCCCCAGCGUCGUCUACGUCAAGUUCGAGGGCGCAAUGUGGCAGCUCGAUGGCAUCGAGGAACCAGGUCUCUACCCGAUCAGGCCCAGGACGGGAGAAUGGUAUUUGGACAGGAGGCGCCAGGUGAAGAUGUUGAAGGUAAACCGGACGCAGCUGCCCUUGGCUCCGGCUUAUGCCAUGACAGCACACGCGAGUCAAGGGAAGACCUUGCGGGCCGUGCUCUUGGAUUUGAACAUCGACAAGAUCUUCGACUCAACCAUUGGCACGGUGGCUUCAACAAGGGUUCGGUCUCGUUAUGAUGUGUUGAUCUUGCGGCCGUUCCCAGCCUGGCUCUAUCAGCGGAACACGUCCGAUGGCCCUGACCUCCUACUUCGGCAACUCCGUGGACAUGCCAUCGACUGGGCAGCCUACAGGGAUGCAAAGCGGCCCUGCAGCACAUGCCAGACGUGUCGAGAGGUCCUCCCUAUGGACAUGUACCCCCACCAGCAAUGGGAGAAGGUCCGGGCCAACCAGCUCGGCAUAUGCACAGCUUGCAAGACUGGCGUGGAUCCCAAGCGCCGCCGCAAGUUGGAGGCCGAGAGCUUGCAGAAACACCAGUGCUUCGGCUGCGAGACCAUGAAGAUUGCAGAGGCCUUCCCACGAGCACAGCUGGAGAGCAAGGAGGCUGAGACAUCGAGAAGGUGCUUGAAAUGUUUGCAGGCGUCGCGAACAGAGAUGCAAUGUCGCAGAUGUUCCGAGACCAAGCCGCACACUGAAUUUGAGAUGUCCAUGGUCACCAUGCCCGUCAAAGGGAUCCUGUGCUUGCCUUGUCAGGCUCACAUCAAGCAGCAGACUAUCAGGCAGUGGGGCGGCUUCUUCAAGUGCAAGACGUGCAGCUCAAUCUUUCCAAAUUGUGCCGAAGGUGGAGCGCAGAGGUGUCUGAAUUGUUCUUCACGAGACAGCUGGCAGAAAGGUGAACACACAUGCCGGAACCAGCAUUGCAAGCGCAAGUGGAAGGAGGCGCAGCCGAAGGGCGGCAAGAGGCAGAGAUAUUGUCCGGACUGCAGACGGAAGUGA